UUAUGUGGACAAUGAGCAUAUUUCGCUUCUUGGUGUAUACUGGAUUGAUAAUAAUGAGAUGUGGAAGUUUAUCAGUGGAUGAGGUUUCUAAUGUGGACAUGUGUGGGUGUGAGGAAAUUCAUCCCCAGCAGAAGUUUUGUUCUGCUGAUGUAGCAUUUAAGGGAAUUUUAAUUCGAAAGCAUGCUUUAUUGCCCGCCCCCUCUAUAAGGAUCCGGCCCGUGAUAAUCAGGGAUCCCAUCUGGAACCACAUGAAGAAACGAAGUGCAAUAUUCCCUCCCCCCACUGACCCAGAACUAGGAAUGACCUCUUCCCAUACUGACCUACAGCCGGGAAUGCCUUAUUUACCAACAAAGAGAGUAACUAACACAUUCCUCGUCAAAAGGUCUUUUAAAGGAGGGAUUCCGAAAGAGACAGAAUUAAAAGUCAACACUUAUGAUGACGGAUCCGGGUGCCAACCUUCUUUCACUGUCAACAAAACAUACCUUAUAACUGGAAAGUUGAACAGUCGAGGAGACCUGGACGUUAAUGGUUGUGACUGGACGGGGUGCUGGGAGGGUGGUGUGUCACGGUACCAGAAGAUCAACCUCAGGACGGGGAGAUACGACUGUGACAUACAGAUCUGCCGGAAAAGUAGUGGAUGCAUUCGUGAUGCUAAAACAUGUGUAUGGCCCAAGAAGCGCGCAGGGCUGUGUUAUGCCAGACAUGCUAGAUGUUACAUGUCCAAGAAAUUUCAAAAGGCUACAUGGGUCAUGCUUCAUACUAGAAUGAAGCGGUGUUUGGAGCGAUACAGUUUGACAGCAAAGUCUCCAUGA